GAAGCUAUUUAUUCGCGUUUUAUCAGCAUGCAAUCGCGUUCUGCGAUGGUGUCAUUCCGGCUUGGCGUGUUGACCCACAUGAUAGGUUCAAGGAUCCAGGUUUGAUUUGGCUGAGAGUAUAUAAAUGAAGGACAUGGGUCUGAGUAGCCUGAGAAAAGCCGCACUGUACGAUCGCUAUGGCUAUAUCUCCCGACAUCAACAUAUCGAUUGACCGGGGUGGGACUUUCUGCGAUGUGCUCGUGCAAGUCACUAGCCAGCCAGAUCGCGUCUUUAAGCUCUUAUCUGAAGAUCCAGCAAACUACCGUGAUGCGCCCACGGAGGCUAUCCGACGUGCGUUGGAGGCCAUUGAAGGUCGUUCUUUCCCAAAAGGCAGAAAACUUGACGCUUCCCGAAUCGCUUCUUGCCGUAUCGGCACUACCAUAGCGACAAAUGCGCUGCUGCAAGGCAGAGGAGAGAAAUUCGCUUUCUUGGCGACAAAAGGGUUCAAAGAUGUGUGUCGAAUCGGUGACCAGACCAGACCGAAACUUUUCGAGCUCAAGGUUCGCAAGGCGCAGCCGCUGCAUGAGAAGGUCGUUGAAGUCGAUGAGCGGGUGACAGUUGAAGAUUACGAUCUCAAUCCGGCUCCUCUCGACAAGACAGCGCAAAUUGUAGACCCGAACUUGGUUCGAACAAAAAGUGGUGAAAUCGUCCGUAUUCUCAAGCCAUUGGAUGUUGCAGCCGUGCGAGAGUCGCUUCUCGAACUGAAAUCAGAAGGAUACACGUCUAUUGCAAUUGCCUUGAUGCACUCAUAUCUGUUUCCUGAUCAUGAGCAACAGGUGGCUGGGAUCGCACGCGAAAUCGGCUUUCGCUACGUGACUACUUCGUCUGAGGUCUGCCCCGUUAUCAAGUACCUCGACCGCAGCAACUCCGUCUGCUCGGAGGCGUUCCUAUAUCCAAUUGUACAGCAGUACAUUGCCGAUUUUGAAGCUGGUUUCUCUACUCUCCCGCAGAGAGUUGAUUUCAUGUGCUCCGAUGGAGGAUUAAGGUCAGCCGCGAAGUUUAGAGGAAACGAAGCACUUCUUAGCGGACCAGCCGGUGGCGCCGUCGGUAUCGCGAAAACGUGCUUCGAUGAUGAAGACGGCACACCGGUGAUUGGGUUCGAUAUGGGCGGUACCAGCACAGAUGUCUCACGGCACGACGGCACCUACGACUAUCUGAGCCAAACGCUCAUUGCAGGACGGAUUAUCACCAUUCCCAUGUUGAACAUUGCCACGGUCGCUGCCGGAGGUGGCUCGAUCUUGGCUGCUCGGAAUGGCCUGUUUGUGGUAGGACCGGAGAGCGCGGGCUCGCACCCAGGACCGGCCUGCUAUCGAAAAGGCGGGCCUUUGACCGUAACCGAUGCGAACCUCCUUCUAGGAAGAUUACUACUCUCUUCAUUUCCCUCAAUCUUCGGACCGAACGCGGACCAGCCGCUUGAUUAUGAAGUCACUGCAGAGAAAUUCAAGAGAAUCACGGAGGAAAUCAAUUCGCAGACUGGCCAGACUCUGACGACCGAGGAGGUUGCUUUGGGAUUCAUUGAUGUGGCCAACGAGACCAUGAGUCGUCCGAUCCGGAAUGCCACCGAGGCACGAGGCUUCCAUCCAGAACGGCAUAACCUUGUCAGCUUUGGUGGUGCAGGAGGCCAGCACGCAUGCUCGAUUGCUCAUCGGCUAGGGAUAAAGCGCAUUUUGAUUCACAAAUACUCGUCUAUUCUUUCCGCCGUAGGAAUCUCAAAAACCGAGCUCCAGUCGGAAUCGGUUGAACCAUACGUUGGCGCCUUUGAGAUGUCGGCGCUCGCUAGUAUCAACUCUCGGUUAGCUGCAUUGAAGGAAAGAGUCAAGGCAAACUUACUAGACCAAGGGGCAACUGUCGAAUCCAUACGUUUCGAAGAGUCACUGAGCUUGAGGUAUCAAGGCACUGACACCAACCUGGUUAUAGCGAAAUCUCCAGGCGAGAACUACGGAGAAGCCUUUCGCACGACACACAAGCGCGAGUUCGCGUUUACCCUGGAGCGACCCGUGAUUGUAGACUUGCUUAAAGUCCGUGGUACAGGCGCUACGAGUGCUCUAGGCGCAGUUGCCUGCUCACCCUUCCCUGCUCUGCAGCAGCUCAAACUGAACCCUCAGAGUGCUGCUCCUCAGUCACAGUCCAAAGUUUUUGUCGAAUCCACCUGGAAAGAAGUCCCGGUAUAUAACUUGGAAUCUUUAUCAUCUGCGGUAAUUGAUGGCCCGGCCCUAAUCAUCGACGCCACCCAGACCAUCUUCGUCGAGCCACAAUGGCAGGCGUACAUUCUUCCUGAGCACAUGGUCCUCGAAAGGCGUGAGGCUAAACAGAUCUUGUCGUCUGAUCUCGCAACGCAGGAACUUAGUCCAAUCCAACUGUCAAUCUUCUCGCACCGCUUCAUGUCCAUUGCUGAACAAAUGGGCAAUACUCUGCAACGCACAUCCAUCUCCACUAGUAUCAAGGAGCGCCUCGACUUUUCCUGCGCGAUCUUCUCACCAGAUGGCAAGCUCGUAGCAAAUGCUCCACACAUUCCCAUUCAUCUCGGAAGCAUGCAGUUUGCCAUUCAGUAUCAGCACCGACUGUGGGAGGGCAAACUCCGCCCAGGAGAUGUGCUGCUCACCAACCAUCCUGAAUGCGGUGGUACUCACCUUCCCGACCUGACUAUUAUCAGCCCUGUUUUUACACACGACGGCAAGACCCUCGCAUUCUAUGUGGCCGCUCGUGGUCACCAUACCGACAUUGGCGGAAAAGGCAUCUCGGCAAUGAUGCCAGACUCGAAGGAGCUUUGGGAGGAGGGACUGAAUGUAAGAUCUAUGAAGAUCGUCUCAGAUGGAGUCUUCUUAGAAUCGGAUGUUCGCGAUGCCUUCCUCGUUGCCGGAAACCUUCCAGGUUGUAGCCCGACGCGCCGUCUGAACGACAAUAUCUCUGACAUCAAAGCGCAAAUCUCAUCAAACCAGCGGGGAAUUCUCCUCUUGCAAAACCUGUGCGAGGAGUUCUCACUCCCAAUCGUCCAUCGCCAUAUGCUUGGCAUCCAGUCAAAUGCUGAGAUCGCUGUGAGAGAAUUCUUCAAGAAGAUCAGCGCGACCAACCCGGAGCCCCUAACUGCAUUCGACUACUUUGAUGACGGUACUCGGAUCCAGGUCACCAUCACCAUUGACCCGAAAACAGGCAGUGCAGUGUGGGAUUUCGCUGGUACCGGGCCGCAAACAUGGAGCAAUUACAACUGUCCGAUUUCCGUCACCCACUCCGCAGUAAUAUACACCACACGCUGCCUGAUUGACAUGGAUAUUCCACUCAACGACGGUUGUCUCGCUCCAAUUGACAUUCGCGUUCCCAAGGGUUCUGUGUUGAAUCCCACUGCUGCUGUUGCCAUCUGCGGGAGCACGCUGGCUAGUCAGCGUAUCAUUGAUACCAUCCUCCGCGCCUUUGGCGUUUGUGCCGCUUUUUCGGGCUGCGCAAAUAGUUUCGGUUGGGGUCUCGGAGGUAAGGAUCCAGCAACAGGCUUAAUCAAACCUGGCUGGAACUACGGCGAAACCGUAGGUGGAGGUUGUGGAGCUGGUCCCACCUGGGACGGAGAGAGUGCCAUACAAUGCCACUCUACGAACACGAAGAUCACAGAUGCGGAGGUUGUUGAGAAGAGGACGCCCGUCAUAGUUCGACAACAUUCUGUCCGAUAUGGGAGUGGAGGCGCAGGAAAAUUCCGCGGCGGUGAUGGAGCGACCCGGCUGAUUGAGGCAAGGAUCCCAAUGCGGUUCAGUAUCUUGAGUGAUAGGAGGGUAUAUGCACCUUAUGGACAGGAGGGAGGAGAGGACGGAAGUGUAGGGAAAAAUUAUGUAUAUCGGUGGAAUGAGGACAAGACCGGGCAUGAGCAGAUCUCGCUGGGAGGGAAGGCCGAGCUGAGGCUAGACGCCGGAGAAUUGAUGGAGGUGAACAGUCCAGGAGGUGGAGGCUGGGGGCGCUGA